AUGGGGUACAAAACACUGUGCUUCGGAUUCUCCUGUAUUCUAUUUGCUUAUUGUGUUUAUUCACCUCUUCCAGAAAAUAUUGAAGAACCUUGGAGAGUGAGAUUGGCAGAUGUUCUUAUAAAAAUAACUUCACUUGCGGCUACAUUAUUUGAAAACAUAGGUCUUAUGAAAUAUGAAGAACUAUUUUCAAUUAUAGCAACAAUGCACUUUACAAAACCAGUUUCAGAUGAAAACGUUACAGUGAUUGACACAAACUUUAGUGACAUUCCUGUUCGUCUGUACUUGCCAAAAAGGAAAUCUGAAAGACAGAGACCAGCUGUCAUUCACAUUCAUGGUGGAGCCUUCAUCACAGGAAGCUGCAAGGUGUCAUCCUAUGACGAUUUGAACAGACGGACAGCAAACAAGCUUAAUGCUGUUGUUGUGGGAAUAGACUACAGACUUGCUCCUCAGUAUCAAUUCCCAGCUGCACUUGAAGAUUGUAUUUUUGUGAUCAAGUACUUUCUCCAGGAUAAAAUGCUUGCAGAAUAUGGAGUGGAUACCACUCGAAUCUGCAUUAUGGGAGACAGUUCUGGGGGAACGUUGGCAGCAACAGUGGUUCAACUGCUACAGAAUGAUCCAGAAUACAAAGACAGAAUUAAGGCACAAGCCUUGAUAUACCCUGUCCUGCAGUUGAUUGACACCCUUCUGCCAUCUCAUCGAGAGUAUGAACAUGGUCCACUUCUGUACAGGGAGGUAUUAAUUAAGUUGUUAUGCCUGUAUGUGACUGAAGACAAAGCUCUGUUCCAGGCCGCACUGAGAAAUGAACACAUGCCUGAAGGAUCAAGACACCUGUUCAAGUUUGUUAACUGGAGUGACUUCCUUCCUGAGAGGUUUAAAAAGAACCAUGUUUAUACUGAGCCCAUUCUUGGAAAAUUGAAUGCUUCCUAUCCAGCACUUGUGGAAGACAGGUUGUCCCCUUUGCUGGCCAGUGACUCCCAGUUACAGAGUUUGCCCCUGACCUACAUCGUCACUUGUGAACAUGACCUUCUAAGAGACGAUGGUCUCAUGUAUGUCACACGGCUUAGAAAUGUUGGGGUUCCAGUUACUCAUGACCACAUAGAGGAAGGAGUUCAUGGAGCCAUGUCACUUACCAGAGCUCCAGUGUUUUUACAUCUAGGAUUAAGAAUAAGAAAUAGGUAUAUUAGUUGGUUAGAAGAAAAUCUAUAA